ACCGCUCUGCCGCCGUUCCCGCCGCCGCCAUGUCUGCGGGUUUCUCCUUCGGCGCGGGCACCCUGGGCUCCGCUGCGGCCGCCGCCGCCGGAGCUGGAGGAGGAGGUGGGGGCGGUGGGUUCUCCUUCGGCACCACCGCGCCGAGCUCUACAGGAGGACUUAAUUUUGGAACUCUGGGUUCUUCCACUGCUACGGCAACCACAUCAGCUCCUUCAGUGGGAUUUGGGAGCGGGCUUUUUGGAUCAAAACCAGCCACUGGCUUUACGCUGGGAGGCACCAGUACAGCAGGAACAGCAACAACCAUUGCUCCAGCACUGACUCUGGGCGCACCUGCUACCACAUCAGCAGCUACCACAGGCUUUAGUUUAGGCUUCAACAAACCUGCAGGUUCAGCCACACCGUUUGCUUUAUCUAUUACUUCUACCUCAGCAAGUGGCCUGUCGCUAUCUUCUGCUCUUACAUCAACUCCUGCAGCAGGUACUACUGGCUUUACCUUAAAUUUAGGUGGAACAACUGCGCCAACUACAACUGCCUCCACAGGCCUGUCCUUGGGAGGGACGCUAGCAGGUUUAGGAGGUUCACUCUUCCAGAAUACAAGCACAGCAGCAACAGGACUUGGGCAGAAUGCUUUGAGCCUGACUUUGGGGACAACUGCAGCUCCUUCCAGUACUGCUAAUGAAGGUCUUGGAGGCAUUGAUUUUAGUAGUUCUUCAGAUAAAAAGAGUGACAAAACGGGAACAAGACCAGAAGACAGCAAAGCACUAAAGGAUGAAAACCUACCUCCAGUAAUCUGCCAAGAUGUAGAAAAUCUACAGAAAUUUGUGAAAGAACAAAAACAAGUUCAGGAAGAAAUUAGUAGAAUGUCAUCUAAAGCAAUGCUUAAAGUACAGGAAGAUAUAAAAGCUCUGAAACAGCUUCUGUCUGUAGUUGCCAGUGGAUUACAAAGAAACACUCUUAAUAUUGACAAGCUGAAAAUGGAAACUGCACAGGAGCUAAAGAAUGCAGAAAUAGCAUUAAGAACACAGAAAACUCCUCCUGGUCUCCAGCAUGAAAACACAGCCCCAGCAGACUACUUCAGAAUCUUGGUAGAGCAGUUUGAAGUACAACUGCGGCAGUAUAGGCAACAAAUAGAAGAACUGGAAAAUCAUCUUGCUACUCAAGCAAAUAAUUCACAUAUAACUCCACAAGAUUUGUCUAUGGCUAUGCAGAAAAUCUAUCAAACGUUUGUAGCUUUAGCAGCACAACUUCAGUCCAUACAUGAAAACGUAAAGAUGCUCAAAGACCAAUACCUUGGCUACAGGAAAACCUUUCUGGGAGAUGCCAUGGAUGUGUUUGAGGCAAGACGAACAGAAGCUAAGAAGUGGCAGAGCGCGCCACGCGUUACCACUGGACCGACCCCUUUCAGCAACAUACCAAAUGCAGCAGCCGUUGCCAUGGCUGCCACACUUACUCAGCAGCAACAGCCUGCUACAGGUCUGAGUGCAUUCAAGUUAUAGAUUAUUAGUGUUACAACAGUAGUCAAUUUGUGUAACAUUUUCUAUGCAGUCUUCCUUUGUGUUAGACUAAAACUCUAAACGUUGUGAUGAGUAAAGUUACUGAUGCAUAGCCAAUAGAAAAAGCAGGGUAGACUUAGCAAUAAUUAUACAACAGAUACUUAAACUUGUGGAUUUAUUUGUAUUAGUGAUAUUUACUGUAUUGUUCUAAUUUACCCCCUUGGAAUGUGAGUCUUUACUCUUUGGUAACAUCUCUGAAUACGUUUAGCGUAGCCUCUUUCCAGAACUGUGUGGUUAUAGUGAAUUAUUUAAGAAUCAGUAAGGAGAGAAUAUCUAAAGACACAUCACCCUUUUUGUGUGUAAAAUGAAUAAUGCAUUUUUAUAUGGCACUUUGGAACUGUAAAAUGAAAAAUGCUGUAGAACAGGAAGGAUAGUUGAACAAAAAUCUGUAGGGAUAGGAGUGUGGGUGUCUGACUUAUUUUAUAGCCAACCCAGGGUGAUGCUGGGGUAGUUUUUGCAGGCUGUUCUCUUGUUGUGAAUAUUAGUAGAGAAAGUAAAGUGGAUUGGUGAUUCUCUGUAAUGCAUGUAUACGUAGGAGGAAAUUAAAGCAGAAGAAAUACCUGAUCCACUGCCAAUAAAAAAAUUAAUAUGUACAGCAAAAGUAACUUUUGGCACCUUAAUUGACGUCCUAACCAAUGCUUCUCAGAGAGGGAUUCUUGAACAUAGAGAAGUCAAUUGGUGUAUAAUUAUUUGUCAGAAAUAAUAGCCUUUCAUUUAAUUUUACUUGAACAUGCAUUGGCAAAUUAUGAGAAGUUCAGUUAGCUGCAUUCUAAUGCUUUUCUAAGACGUUUGCCUCUUUGUACUGGAAGCCAAAUUAGCAACUUUUCUCCCUCCCUUGUCUUCUAGCAGUGAUCAAACUUUGAAAGACUGAUAAAAGACUUGCUUAACAAUCACUCUAGGAGUUUGAUUUGUUAGUAGGCAGUCCUUGUCCUCUCCAUAGAAGGGAACUAGAACGUGCUUCCAGUCCUGGCAAGGAGAUGAGCUUAAAAGACAAUUAUGCCAAAAUUGUUUGAAUGCAACAGAAAAGGAAGUUAUGAAACGUUUAUAUUAUUAAUUUCUAUUGUAGUCUUUGUUCUUCCUUGUUUUGCUGCUAUCUUGAUUCAUGGAAGUCCUGUUGAAGUGAUGCCAACAGAAGAUUCUGCUUUUAUACAAAAACAUUACGAAUUGUAGUUGCACUGGUAGUUUUUUUUUUUAGGCUUCCACACUACCAUCCAUAUUAACGUUACCAAAAUAGUUCCUUUUCCUUUCAUCCUUCUCCUUGUGUCUUUUUUUUUUUUAUACUGUCUGUGAUCACUAUAGGUUUCUGUGUGCAAGUCACACUAUUGAGAUGUUGAAUUUAAAUUUCUACUUACAUUUUCAUGAAUUGUGGCAAAGGGAUUCAAAUCUCCUUUUCUUGGUCCUGUUUUGAGAUAACUGAUAAUAACUUCAGUAAUUUGCCACUGAUGGCAAGACAUGAAUAUUCCCUUAGGAGUAGGAGUGAACAAAAUGUGGACUUGGUAUUUAUCAACAGGUGUGAGGUAAGGUGACUUCAUACCUCAGAGCUUUUUUGUAACACACCUUUGUAGUGCGAGGAGCCAAAGGGCACAACGUUUGUGUGGGUUUUUGGUUGUUCUUGUUUUGUUUGUUUUUUUUUUUCAUUAGGUUGGUUUGGUGGUGGUUUAUUUCCAUUUUUUUUUUUUGUUUGGCUUUUUAUCUUGACAGUGUAUCGAAAGCCAAAAAUGCACCAGCUGCAAAAAGUGGUGCUGAUAGAACAAAGCCAUCAAAACUUAUCUUGCACAUACCAACAAAAGUAGACAAGAACUUAAGUUUGCUGCUUUUUAAACUGAAAUACUGUUGCCCUCCUUGAAAUUUGUUUGAUAAACUGGAGAACUUGAGGUAAAUGAUGUUUUGAGUGGCACUUCUGGAGCACUUAAAAUAUCACUUUAAAAAAUAGUUAGAUGGAACGUGAGGUCAUCUUACCUACCCUCUGGCUUGACAGCAAGUCUGAACUGAUCCAGAAUGAUCUUCACGUCUUAGAAACUUGCUGUGAAGGAACACUUCAUUAUCUUCCUAAACUACUGAUGAUAGUUCUUGAUUUGCUCUCAACACCUUACCUGAAACUUCUUAGCAUCAACUUAAGACCACCACUUUUGUUCUUCUGAGUGGAGAAGAGUCUAUUAUUUCAGUUUUGCAAGAAUCUUUAAAUAUUUGAAGAUUGCUUCUUCUUUCUUUCCUUUUCCUUCCUUGAGGAAAAACAUUCAGUGCCAUUUCCUGCAGUAAAACUGCAAAUGCUUGCUUGAUUUAACUUUGUGUUGUUAUAAAUUUGAUAAUCUAUCCACUGGAAAUUAAUCAUGCAUAUUCCUUUGGAAGAUUUAGAUCUUUUAGAGUCGGAUAUAGGAAAGAUAAUAGAAGGUUAUGAGAGAAGUAAGGUGUAUGGAAUGGAGAAGAGGGACGGUCUGUGUAAUACCUGACCUGCUGUUGCUGUUUUUAAGAUAAAAAUAAAACAAGACAAUUAA